UGCCGCCGCCGUCGCCGCUGCGGCUGCAAUAGAGAAGUCCGAGGCGGCUUCCUCCUCUCUGCCCAGAGGGGGCGGCGGCCAGAGUCGGGCAGAACCCGUUUUCUCCCCCAACCCACUUCGCAUUCGUGGCUGUUGGAGCCCCGACUGGCUCGCCCUGGGGUCCGUCAGAGGCGGCCUCCCCGGGACCAGAUCUCCUGGACCACCAUCUCCCCAAAAUCUUGAAUCCCUGAAGACCCCUGUUUUAGAAUCUGGUGCGCUGCCACUCCCCUCCCUGGUCCUUGGAGGGGCCUUCCUCAAGGGAAAGGAGCAGAAGUGAAAGUUCACUGGACACCUACUGUGUGCCUGGUGCUUUCACGGCUUGACUGCAUCUGAUGCUCAGAAGCAAGCCCGUAAGGUCUCCGGCCCCUCCCAAGGACCAUGCGGCAGCUCCACUGACCCAAGAGUAGCGGCCUGAGGGCAGGGCACCUGGAAUGGGCUGUGUGUUCUGUAAGAAGUCGGAGCCGGCACCCAAGGAAGAUGUUGGCCUGGAAGGGGACUUCAGAGGCUACGGGGCUUCGGACCGCUAUGGCCCUGACCCUACUCUGGCCCGGCCUGCGUCCUCCUUUGCACAUAUCCCCAACUACAACAACUUCUCCCCUCAGUCUGUUGGCCCUGCCUUCCUUGAUGGGGGCACCAUCAGGGGCAUCUCAGGGACUGGUGUGACCCUGUUCGUCGCCCUGUAUGACUAUGAGGCCCGGACAGAGGAUGACCUCACCUUCACCAAGGGCGAAAAGUUCCACAUCCUGAACAACACUGAGGGUGACUGGUGGGAGGCUCGGUCCCUCAGCUCUGGACAAACUGGCUACAUUCCCAGCAACUAUGUGGCCCCUGUGGACUCCAUCCAGGCUGAAGAGUGGUACUUUGGAAAGAUCGGGAGGAAGGAUUCAGAGAGGCAGUUGCUGUCACAGGGCAACCCCCGGGGGGCCUUUCUCAUUCGAGAGAGUGAGACCACCAAAGGUGCCUACUCCCUGUCCAUCCGGGAUUGGGACCAGACCAGAGGUGAUCAUGUGAAGCAUUACAAGAUCCGCAAGCUGGACACAGGUGGCUACUACAUCACCACGCGGGCACAGUUCAACUCGGUGCAGGAGCUGGUACAGCACUACAUUGAGGUGAACGAUGGGCUGUGCCACCUGCUCACAGCAGCCUGCACCACCAUGAAGCCGCAGACUCUGGGCCUGGCCAAGGACGCCUGGGAGAUCAGCCGCAGCUCCAUCGCGCUCGAGCGCCGGCUGGGCACAGGCUGUUUCGGGGAUGUGUGGCUGGGCCUGUGGAACGGCAGCACGAAGGUGGCAGUGAAGACGCUGAAGCCGGGCACCAUGUCGCCGAAGGCCUUUCUGGCGGAGGCGCAGAUCAUGAAGCUGUUGCGGCACGACAAGCUGGUGCAGCUGUAUGCUGUGGUGUCAGAGGAGCCCAUCUACAUCGUGACGGAGUUCAUGUGCCACGGUAGCUUGCUGGAGUUCCUUAAAAAUCGGGAGGGCCAGAAUUUGUCGCUGCCCCAGCUGGUGGACAUGGCAGCCCAGGUAGCUGAAGGCAUGGCUUACAUGGAGCGCAUGAACUACAUCCAUCGGGACCUAAGGGCAGCCAACAUCCUAGUGGGAGAGCGGCUGGUAUGCAAGAUUGCUGACUUCGGGCUGGCGCGUCUCAUCAAGGAUGAUGAGUACAACCCCCAGCAAGGGACCAAAUUUCCCAUCAAGUGGACAGCCCCAGAGGCUGCCCUCUUUGGCAGAUUCACCAUCAAGUCAGAUGUGUGGUCCUUUGGGAUCCUGCUCACUGAACUCAUCAGCAAGGGCCGAGUCCCCUACCCAGGCAUGAAUAACCGGGAAGUGUUGGAACAGGUGGAGCAUGGCUACCACAUGCCGUGCCCCCUAGGCUGUCCAGCAUCCCUGUACGAGGCUAUGGAGCAGACCUGGCGUCUGGACCCAGAGGAAAGGCCUACCUUCGAGUACCUGCAGUCCUUCCUAGAGGACUACUUUACCUCCACAGAACCCCAGUACCAGCCUGGGGAUCAGACAUAGCCUGUCUGGGCAUCAGCCACCUCUCUUGCAAUCCCCAGGGCUCUGGUCCCAGAGCUCUCAGGCUUAGAACCCUGAAGAGUCCUAACAUGUCAGAGCAAGCAGGUUGCUCUGACACCAUCUACAGCAGUGCACUCAUUUUAAAGGUGGGGGCAAAUAGAGGCUCAGAGAUCAUCCCUUAUUCACUCUGGUGCCAGGCACUAUUUCUUCUCCUUCUACUUAGGCCCCUGUUUGCCCCUAGCCUUCCUGCCCAUUCCCUCCAAAAAAGAAAGGCUCAGACCUGUCUAGUUAUUUAUAAAAUUGUGUAUCCUUUCCCUCUCUUAUCACCUAUCCCGUCAUCCCAUCCCAUUCUGUCAGGCCCCCGGAAUUCACCUCCUACUCAAUUCUCUGUGUCUGUAAGUUACAGAGACAGAGAAGGUCUUUGCUGGAUCCCUUUCCUGCUGGGUGGACACUAUAGUCUGUGACUGGGAUCCAAGCCCAGGGUAGGGAGAGGUGCUGAGGGCUCCCCACCUCUCUGAAUCAUGCCUGUGUUUAUUGAUUUUGUAAAUAAGAAAAAUGACAAUAUGAA